AUGAACACCAGUAAAUACACGACUUCCCCCUUUUAUCUUCUCACUCGUAGCCGAGAUAUGUCUCUAUUCCUGGGAGAUAAGGAAUUUGUGAAAAGUGAACACAAACACUUGUCCAACAUUGUAGGGAGCUGGACUCAGGAUUCUACUUAUUGGGCCACACAAACUAUGAAGGCAUCUUUCGCAAUCCAGGGCAUGUCUCUACUUGAUUUUGCUGUCUGGCAAAAUGACAUGGCAGCAGUCAAAUUUUUAGUCAAGAAGCAAACACACUACUUUAUCAAGAGUAAAUCUGACAAUGGUGACUAUCACAAGUUUAUCACGGUUAGCUUUGAUAUAUUCAAACUAGCUGUGAAGAAUGGCCAAACUGAGAUGCUAGGUUUUUUCAUGUUAAAAAUGGGGAUUGGAUUCCCAUUUCCGGCUCUGAUGGAGGAAGCUGGUGUCAAAGUGAAAACUAAACAAAAGUAUUAUCAAGGCCUCUCUGUGUACAGGAGGAAAUGGGAAGAUUGGGUGACUGAAAAUGUAUACCCUUAUGGACGCUCAUUACAAAGCUCCAACUCAUUUCUUUUGCUCACCAUUACAUUGAAGAAUCUUGAGUCUGUUAAGUGGUUCCUUAACAAUGAGCCUGAAAAGAAAUAUAGGGAAUUUCUACACACUUUCAGAGAUGACAGUCGCCUGGCGCCCCUUUUCCAAGAAGAGAGUGGAUUUGAGGAGAUGAUAACAUCCUGGCUGGGAAAUUUGGCUCUCCACUGUGCUGUAAUGACCGCACCAACUGAGGAACUUGGCAUUUCUCUCAUUCACUUUAUCCUCCAACAAUUCCCAGACUCCUUGCACACAAAGAAUGCUGAUGAUCUCACAUCACUGCAUCUGGCAUUUGCUGGUCAGAGGAUUAUAGCCACCAGGGUGCUUGUUGAGGCUGGAGCAGACUAA